CUUCAUUAUUUUUUAUACUGUGUGCGCUAACAUUACAGAUGAGACUAUAUGGUAUUGAUUCUCAACAGAAAUUAGUACCUUCUUUGACAGAUAUUUUGCCAAAGAACAUUACAAAGUCCGUACCUGAUGAAGUUGGAUAUUAUCUAUUGGAUUCCUUACAAAAGGACUUAGGGGGAUCAACAGUGUUUGCACAAUAUCUUAAGCAUUAUAUGCAAACAUUUUGUUAUAAAAGUAUAAGCACUAUUCAUUGGAAGGAACAUCUGUUUUCUUAUUUUAAUAGCAAACCUGAGAUAAUAAUAUCUAGAUUGGAUAAGUGGCUUUACAAAUUGAAUUUAGUUUCUAUGUAUGACCGUCUGUAUGAUUCAGUGCAGAAUCAAUGUGACAUAUUAACACAACAGUGGAUCACGAGCGAUAGGACUGACAAAUUUUCUUACGAGUUGACUGAAAUAUUAUUAUAUGACAAUAUUAAUAAAAUGUAUUUCUUAAAUUACUUAUAUGCAUCGCCGAUAGCUUUACCGAUUGGAAAAUUAGUGUCGAUACACUCUAUAUUUCCACUUGAGAAGCAAACAUGUCAAAUUCGGUUCCUCUUGCUAAGUUUGUACAUAAGAAAUGAAUGGGAAGUAAUGGUUCACCCUGCUUUGAAAUUUGCCCGCGAAUAUUGUGCGUCAACAUUUGCGUGUCCAAUAUUUCACGAUUUGUACAAAUUGGAACAGACGCGUGGAGAAGCGAUCUCAGGGUUUACAGCUAUUGUAGAAAAGAAGUCCAAGAUGCUUCCACAAACUAUGGAGGAUAUAGCAUCUGUUCUUAAAAUUAAUUUAAAGGAUAUAUAUAAAUUGAUAAGUGAAGAAAGUACUUCGCAUGUAAGAACUGACCAAUAA